AAAAGGAUAGAACAUGUGUUCAAUCAGAUGAGUUGUACGUCAGAUGAGCGUUUUGAUUAUACAGUGUCUCUUCUUUGAAGCAAUACUUACUAUUGGUGAGAAACAGUCUCACAAGCUAUUAUACAACCUUUGGUACUAAGUUCAGACGAUUUUCCUAGAGAAUUUAAUGAUAAAUAUAUGCAAGAAGUGUAUUGUGAUGAUGAAGUAAAGAGAGAUUCUGUCUUUAAACAAGAACUAUGUUUGUUGUUGAUUAUGAGCUGGCAUUGUUUCAGUGUACACGGUUUAUCUAGACUGCGUGGUGUGAGUUAAUUCAGUUGAGCUGCCAGCGAAUAUUGAUUCUCUUAUUCAUACACAAAUUUGAUAUUAUCAUGGGUAUAGAUUAGUUGUCACUUCAUCGAACUAAGGCAGCUUGUCAUGUUAAAGAAAUGGUAAUAUAAUCAUCGAGACGAGAUCGAGUGAUAUUUAAUGGUAUCGACCAAUUGCAACUUGUCUUAUAUUAGCUAAAUCGACUUUUCAAUUUAUUCAAAGUGGAGAUUUGCCUGGAUUAGCACCUGAUAAAGAGACAAAACUUCACUAUUGAGUUACUACCAGGUACUGUAUCUAUUUCUAUUCAUCCAUAUCAAAUGUCUUGAUUAGAGUUUCAAGAGUUAAAUAAAUAGUUACAAGAGUUGUCAGACAAGAGAUACGUAUGACUCAAUGUUUUACUUUGGAGAGCACCAAUAGUAUUUUUGAAGAAGAAAGGCGACACACUGCGACAUUAUAUACACUAUUGGAAGUCGAAUCAAGUGACAUAAUUGUGCAGGAAAAAAUUCUCCUACUGCUUGGUCGACAGAACGGCGUCGUCUAAGCCGUCUUCGAUGCUCUUCGGUGCGGCCGCAGUGCCGCGAGCCGCCGUCUUCACUCCGCUAGUGACAAAUCCGAAGCUCGACACGUUCUAUUACGUUAAUUUGAACGGAAUUUCCGUGGGCGGCGCACGCGUCCCCGGAAUUACGGCGAAGCUUUUCAAAAUCGACGCCAGCGGCAACGGCGGCGUGAUUGUGGAUUCGGGGACGUCGGUGACCCGGAUGACCCGACCCGCUUACGUUGCCCUAAGGAAUGCGUUCCGGGCGGGGGCUUCGAAUCUGAAGCGGGCGCCGGACUUUUCUCUCUUCGAUACGUGCUUCGAUCUGUCAGGGAAGACGGAGGUGAAGGUGCCGACUGUGGUGCUGCAUUUUGCCGGAGCUGACGUGUCGUUGCCGGCGUCGAACUACUUGAUUCCGGUGGACAGCGACGGAACGUUCUGCUUUGCGUUUGCGGGUACAACGAGCGGGUUAUCCAUAAUUGGGAAUAUCCAGCAGCAGGGUUUCCGGGUCGUAUUUGAUUUGGCGGACAAUCGGGUCGGGUUCGCUGCUAACAGUUGUACCUAGGCAGGGUUUAUAUUUUCGCUUCCAUUUUAUAUUCAAAGAAGGGAAUUAUUUGCUUACUAAUUUCUAAAUUUAAUUUUGUUUAGAAAAAGGUUUCUGAUGAAGUUUGAAAGGGAACAGCGGCACAUGUUGUCUGUUGCAUUGUGUUUGCCCUAUAAAUUGUUGUCGUAACUUGUUGAGUAGUAUUUUGUAGGACUAUCAUAGAUAAAUGAAGAUGCAUUCAUACCUGAAAA